UCUGUGUCGAAUGCGCAGUAAUGGCAUACGUGUACUUAGUUAUGAUAGUUAAAUGUUUUCGUACGGUUGACUCUGUUUUAAAGUUUUUCACAAGUACUAAAAUUGGUAUUUUUAUAUCUAUUUGUAUCUUUUACCUAUUUCCUCCUCACGUCCAACUUCUUUGUUCGUGGUUUUUAAGCUUCCUUCGUCUUUUUAUUAUUUAUAUUAUUCCUUGGUUUUUUAGCUUCCUUUAUUUUUUUUUUAAUGUUUUUUUACUUCUCGAUUAUUGUACUUUAUUUCCUCAUGUUGUCAACAAUCUUCUGGAAGCGUUGGCGAUUUUAUCUUCAGUAUAACUUUACACAGCCGAAGAACGUAAAAACAUGCGGCCUGACUGCAAUUUCUCCGUCAUCAUAAAUGGUUUUGCUAUGACACACAUCAGAGAUGCCCAGAACUGUCCUCUUGAUAUGUUUUUUGAUGAUCUGCGUAAGACUCAGAGCUGAGACAUCUGUUGAAGAAGACUACUGGAGUAGAGAGGACUUAUUUGACAAACAAUAUCCAAUGAUUACUUCAAAUAUAACGCUUCACUUUCGUCAGAACGUCACAGGAAAUCACUCCGGUUGUUACCUGUGGGAUUCGUCUCGAGAACUUGCCGAUUACUUAGAAAGAUCGUGCUUAAAAAAUAAUUGGAUCCGCGGGAAGAAUGUCUUGGAACUUGGAGCCGGGCUUGGAUGUGCUGGUGUAGCCACUGCUUGUCUAGGGGGAAAUGUUACACUAACAGAUCGACCAGAAAUGUUGCCAUAUAUGCAGGACAGCAUCAAUCGAAACAUUGAUAAUAUUGAAAAGACUGCUGGGAGGAUUCGAGCUGAAAUAUUAUGCUGGACUGAUAAGAAAAAAAUUAGGUCGAUGUCUCGAUAUGAUGUUAUUUUAUUAUCAGAUGUGAUCUACGACGAAGACUACGCUGUUCACCCAUUGAUCUCAUUACUGGUUCGUCUCUCCCACGUGAACACGACAUUAUUAAUUUGCCAAGAAAGAUGGCUAAAAGGAACGCGCAGGGAUGCAGUUUGGCAGAAAUUCGUUCAUCAUGCUUCUAAAUGUUUUAAAUUCUCCGAGUUACGUGCAAAAGGAAGAUUCGUCAAAGAUCCAGGUGAUGUUUGGUUACAAGAGGGAAAAGUCUUGAAAAUUGUAUGAAAAAGUUUGUAUAUUAUUUGAAUGUAUCGGAUUUUUUUUUGCAAACUGACUUUUGCUUUUUGUCAUUGAGCAGCACUGAUGCAAAUUUUGAAACCUAGCAUGAGCCAUUCUUUAGCCUGUUAUAUCAAAAUCCUGCGUUAUUGCGCAGAAUGAGAAAAUAUUUUGUUCAAAACUUUGAAACCUCACGUGAAAUAUUUCCUCUAUUUCCGCAGUUAUUUAUGAAAUGUAUAUGUUUGAAAUGUUUUGCUAUCAGUUCGAUGCUCAGUAAUUAUCAAAAUUCUACUAAAAUUGUUUAAAGGCAUCGAUCCUUUGCUUUUUAUCAUUCGUGUUGUAAAUACGAGAUACAAAAUGAAAAGACAGAGUAGAACGAAAAAUGUGAUAUUUUGUGUUGCUAGAUGAUUUAUUUGCUGGAAACGUAUCGCAUACCGAGACCUCACAAUGAAUAUCUGUUUAGUAAAUUUAAUGUAGACCUGUAAAAAUAUUUUUCAUAAAUUUCACAGAGAUUUUCAAACCC